AUGGAGGAGUCGUCGGUGCCCCCGAUUGACCCAGAUUUCGAGCCGCAGAGCAGACCCCGCUCCUGCACGUGGCCGCUGCCGAGACCCGACAUCUCGGCUGUCAAACCGGAGGGGGCGGAUGGCGCCGAGUCCGCCGCCGGUACCCCGCCCGCCGACGAGGACAAGACCGAGCCGCAGCAAAUCACGUCCGAGCCCGAGAAGGCUGCGGCGGCGGCCGAGGGCGGGGUCGUGGCCGGCGUGGGCGGAGCCGGCGCGACACCCCGCAAGGGAUCGUCGCGGCGCAACGCGUGGGGGAACCAGAGCUACGCGGACCUGAUCAGCCAGGCCAUCGAGAACUCCCCCGAUAAGAGGCUGACCCUGGCGCAGAUCUACGAGUGGAUGGUGAAAACAGUGCCUUACUUCAGAGACAAGGGAGACAGCAACAGCUCAGCUGGCUGGAAGAAUUCCAUCCGCCACAAUUUAUCACUCCACAACAAGUUCUUGAGGGUACACAAUGAAUCAACAGGAAAGAGCUCCUGGUGGAUGCUCAACCCAGAAGGAGGGAAGACUGGGAAAGCUCCUCGCCGCCGGGCCGCCUCAAUGGACAACAGCAGCAAACUGCUGAAGAGUCGCAUGAGGGCCAAGCAGACCAAGAAGCAGGCGGGAGCGGCCGGCCUGGGUGGCGCCGGAGGGGCACUGCAGGGUGACGGCAGCACAGGGUCAGCGGGCGCAGACAGCCCUAAUUCGUCCCAGCAGUUUCCCAAAUGGGGGGUCAACAGCAGUAGCCCCUCGUCCCGAGGCAGCCUGGACGACACUGACAUGUGGACCACCUUCCGGCCACGCACAAGCUCUGAUGCCAGCACCCUGAGCGGACGUCUGUCCCCCAUCGCUCCCGGACAGGAGGACGACGACAACCUGCCUGAGGAUGGACUGCUAGGAAGAUACACUGCCAGCAGCUUGACCCCCACCCUCACCGAGACCCUCAUGGAGGAGCUGGAUCUGAUCGACGGCCUCACAUUGAUGACGGGGCAGCAGGGAGGGGCCAGUCCCAGCACUGCCCCUCCGGCACCUCCCACUCCUCUGCCCUCCGCCUCCACUCUGCUGCCUCGAGGCCCCGGCUUCUCCUCCUUCCAUCAGCUGCAACCAUCCGGCCUCCAACAGGCCCCCACCCACACCGGGACCCAGGCCUCCAUCCCUCAGUGCGGACCCAGCAGCAAAGAGCCGUCGACCUUCAGCAACUCUCUCUUCAACCCCAUAUCCAGCUCCGGGGCUCGUGGGAGCAGCCACUACAGCAGCCACGUGCCCUCCAGUCUGGAAGCACUGCUCACCUCUGACUCCCCUCCUCCGAGUGAUGUCAUGAUGACCCAGGUGGACCCCCUCAUGCCCACUCCCGGUGGGGUGGGCCUGAUGGGUUUGGGCACAUCUGUGGUGGGCGUGAGGUCCAAACCUAAUCAGCUGCUGUUGGGUAAAGGGCUGGAGCCGAACACAGUGGCCCCCAUGGCGCUGCAGGCUCAGAUGCAGCCUCAGCAGCACCACCUUCACCAGCAGCAGCCGCAGCCGCAGCCGCAGCCACAACAACAACACCAGCAUCACUCACAGAUGGGGCUGGGGAUGAUCCUCUCAGGUAUGUCUCAGGACCUGUCACAGCUCUCUGCUCUCAAAGCCCAGCAUGCCACGGUGCCCGCUGUGGGCUCUCUACACGGAGGGCCUGUGGCCGCAGCCAAUCCCGGCGCGAGUCUGCAGGCGAUGGGUCAGUUUGGAGCUCCGUCCUGCUUCUCCACCGGUCAGGACCGACUGCCCACAGACUUGGACAUAGACAUGUUCACGGAAAACCUGGAUUGUGACGUUGAUUACAUCAUCAACAGUGACCUCAUGGACGGCGACGGCAUCGAUUUCAACUUUGACCCCAUACUGCCUGGCGGCCAAGGCUACGUAGGCCCGGCCACCACACAGGGCUCCGCUCACAACUGGGUCCCCAGCUAAUUCCUCAGCUGACCACACAAAGUUAGCCAGGAACUGAUCUCCAAUCAAGAUGACCUCACAAUAUGACAAAACAACCGGUGCAUUCCUCCUCCUUGCUGGCUGAUUUUCAAAUACAAUGCUUUUCUUGGACUUUAAAGACAGAACCAGACCUCGCUCAUGUCAUGUGCCAAGACAUGCAGAGGACAGGGAGGAGAUUCAGGCUACUAUGCACAAUUUUUCUCCCCUUUUU